AUGCCGUUUGACGGUUAUGAUGGUCAGAUUGAUGCAAUUUAUGAGAAAGAAUUUUCUCGUUUAAAUGAAACAACAUAUUUGGAUCAUGCAGGUUCUGCUCUAUAUACAAGAUCUCAAUUAGAAUCUUAUUUUCAUUUGUUAUCUACAACUCCUUUCGCUAAUCCUCAUUCUGGACUAUCAUUACAUUCAACAACAACCCAAUAUGAAAUAACAAAAGUAAAAGAAUUAAUACUAGCUCAAUUUGACACAAAUUCAUCGGAAUAUUCCGUUAUAUUUACGUUAAAUGCCUCUCAUGCAGCACAAUUACUUGCACACAUAUUUCCAUUUACGCGUGAAAGUGAAUAUUGUUAUAUGAAUGAUUCCCAUAAUAGUGUUAUUGGAAUUAGAGAGAGAGUCAAAGAAGUUGGAGGAAGAUUUACAGUAGUUGAUCAUCCUGAAUGGAUAUAUAACACAGCAACUGAUGACAAUUCUAUUAAACUUCAAUGUGUAUGUCGACCAAAAUUACUAAAUACCAAUGAUGAAAAAUUAAAGGAAUAUAAUAGUCAAAGGACGUCCGUCUAUUGUCUAUUUGCAUUGGCAGCAGAAAAUAAUUUUAAUGGUUUGAGACCACCGUUAUCAAUGUUACAACCGUUUUUUGAUUCUGUCGAAAAAUCAUCCAUUCAUUCAUCAUUGUCAUUUCCAAUUCCUGUUCACACACCGCCGUCAUCAAUUUAUAAAUGGUUUACACUAGUUGAUUUAGCCAAAUAUCUAUCUACUUCUCAAUUUUCAUUGAAAAAGAUCCCUGUGGAUUUUCUUCUUGUGUCAUUUUAUAAAAUUUUUGGAUAUCCUACGGGUGUAGGUGCAUUAAUUGUUUCUAAACGAGCAAUGAAAAUUUUACGAAAACAAUCGUAUUUUGGCGGUGGAAGCGUCGAAUUUGUGUCGUCUACCGAAGAUUUUGUUGUUUAUAAAAAAGAUGCAGAUAAAUUUGAAGAUGGAACGGUAGCAUUUACAUCCGUAUUAGCUUUGCAAUAUGGUUAUACACUGUUAGCCUCUAUCACUUAUUCAAAAAUUCACGAACAUACUCAAAGUUUAAUCGAUUAUUUGUAUCGUGUCAUGUUAUUAAUGAAAUACAAAGACAAUGAGCAGCCACUGUGUAAAUUUUACGAUACAAGGCAUCUUGAAAAUCGAGAAGGUUAUACAUACGGACCAAUUUUAACUUUUAAUUUAUUUUAUAAUAGUGGACAUUAUAUCGGAUAUCGUUUAAUCGAAAAAUUAGCAUCUGCAAAUAAUAUUCAAUUGCGAAGUGGAUGCUUUUGUGCACCAGGAGUUUGUCAGAGACAUUUAGGUUUGGAUAUGGCUGAUGUUGCUGAUCAAUUGGAAUCGGGGAAUUCAUAUUGUGGCAAUGAAGACGGUUUGGAAGUUAUUCAUAACGGUUUGCAACCAUUGGGUUGUGUUCGACUAAGUUUAGGAUGGAUAUCACGAUAUGAAGAUGUUCGACAAUGGCUAAAGUUUCUCAAUAAUGUUAUACUAAACUGUGUGGGAAUUGGACAAAGUAAAACAUCUAUCCCUUUUUGUCCAAGUUCCAAGUCACAAUUAACAAAAUUAUAUAUCUAUCCGAUAAAAUCAUGUGCUGGUAUAUCAUUAGAUAAAUGGAAAAUUCAUUCAACUUCCACUCGAUCAUCAUCCCUCUAUUUCGAUCGCGAAUGGACUAUUAUCGAUAAAAAUGGUUAUGCUCUAACUCAAAAACGAUAUUCAAACAUGUGUAAAUUAAUACCAAAAAUCAGUCUGGAGCUAAAUACAUUAACAAUAAGUGCACCAAAUAUGCCUGAUUUGGUUAUUGAUCUCAAUGAAGGUGUUCUGAAUGGAGAGUGUAAUGGAUUCGAUCUGAACGUAUGUGGAUUAAAUCAUUCUGGUUAUACUUACGGUUCGUUAGUUCAGCAAUGGUUAACACAAGUAUUUGGUGUUUAUGCAAAUUUAGCUCGACGUAAAUUGUCUGCUAAAAGUUUUGUAAACGAAGGCGAAUUUUUAUUAAUAAAUGAACAAAGCGUUCGUGCAAUAAGUGUAGAUCUUGAUGAGUUCAUUACUCACGAACGUUUUCGUCCAAAUAUUGUUAUUGAUGGUGGAGAUCAACCUUAUAUCGAAGAUCAGUGGUUAAGAAUAAAAAUAGGUAAAGAAAAUGUAUUUACACGAAGUGGACUCUGUAAUCGAUGUGUAAUGGUUAAUAUUGACCCAAACAGUGGUCAGAAACAAAGUCAAUUGUUUGCUACAUUAAAUAAAGUAAGAAAAGGACAGAACAAUCAAACUAACUUUGGAAUAUUGAUGAAAUAUGAGAUCGAAAACCAGGAGGACUAUGUCGAUAUUCAAAUUGGAGACAACAUUGAAGUGAUAGAAUAUGUAAGCGAUUAG